GGCCGGUGCACGCACGCCUGGGCCAGCCAUGGGUCGCGCGAGUAUAUAAGACUCCGCGCAGCAGGUGCAACAGCUCAAUACACCUGUCUCCCGAAGCUCUUGGCUCCACUCGACGGACUCCACACCAGGGAUCCGCCACGUAACUGCACCUCUUCGCUUCCUGCCACGACCAUCCACACCACCAUCGCCAUCGUCUCUGCUCACCAGCAGCCUCACCGCACCCCUCAUCACCACCCAGCAGACCAUACUUCAUCGCCACAAUGACUCGCACCGCGCGCUCCAACUCGGUGAAGGCGAUGCAGAAGGACCGCUCGAUCUCGCGCACCGGCCUUGACGCCGGCCUGCGCAAGCAUGGCGCGGGUACCCACAACUGGGGCUCGCUCGCGCAGGAGCGCGCCCUUGAGGACGCCGCGCUCUACGACGUCGACGACUACGAGGAAGAGGAGGUCGAGGGCAACGCUGCGGCGCUCUCGCCCGCCAGCGAGCCCAGCGAGUACUCGAGCGACGAGCCUGUGUCGCCCAUUGUUAGCGCGGCGGUGACGCCGGAGGACAAGGCCCGCGCGCGCAAGAUCCGCAAGGAUGGCGCGAAGCUUGACCUUGGCGCGAUCGCGCGUAGCUCGGCGGCUGUGACGAAGGCCUAGGGCACUCGCUCGGGGACCCUCGGACGCACCUCAAGCGCCCUCUCAAGGCGAAGCUCUUCGCGAAGCUGUAUGCGCAGUCAGACUCUUUCUUCCCUCUCAUCAUCAGCAUCUUGAGCAUCUAUUCACCCAUCCUGUUGUCUCCAUCACCAAACGAACUCAUGUCAGUGUGUAGUGGUAUCUCGAAAGUCGUAAUCUGUGUGCAGUCGUAACAAUCGCAUCUCAUGAUGAGUUGAUCAAG